CCAUCAUCAUCAUCAUCAUCAUCAUCAUCACUCAUUAACAUCAUCAUUCAAAACAAACACAAAUCCAAAAGCAAUAAUCAACCAUAACUCACCACGACAACAUGGGAAGUACCAGAGAAGCCAGCCACGCCGGCUCAUGGUAUACAUCCAAUCCCUCCACACUAUCCACCCAACUCGAUGGAUGGUUAUCCCAAGUCCCCUCCUCAAUCGAUGAUACAAAAAUACCCGUUCCAGGUGCCCGAGUAAUAAUCGCACCGUAAGUUCUCCCUAUCCCCCAAAAGGAAUCCAUCUAACCAUCACCAUCAAAGACACGCAGGAUAUUCGUACUCCGGGCCCGCCGCAGCCUGGGCCUACAGAUCCCUCGAUCUCUCCUCCGCCAAACGAAUAUUUCUUCUAGGUCCAUCACACGCAUGGUAUUUAUCGGAAUGUGCGCUAUCCAAACACUCUACAUACGCUACACCACUUGGAGAUCUGAGUAUCGAUCGGGCAACUGUUUCCGAACUAGCCCAAACGGGAGAAUUCAAAACGAUGAAUAGCGAUCAAGAUGAAACAGAACAUUCUCUCGAAAUGCACCUUCCAUACAUUUACAAGAUGCUAUCUUUGAGUUUCGAUUCUCCCUCCGAUUUUCCAUCUCUAAUCCCCAUCUUGGUCGGAAACACCAAUGCAUCUACCGAGAAGAAAUUCGGCGCAAUCUUAGCACCCUAUCUCGCGGAUGAAACCAGCGUCUUCAUCGUGAGUUCUGAUUUUUGUCACUGGGGUCCUCGAUUCCAAUAUACAUAUUAUCUGCCCUCCGAUUCUUCCACAAACGCAAACGAUACAUCAGCUGGGUACUCAUUAUCACGACGGGACAAGUCGCCCACGCAACCACCCAUCCACGAAAGUAUAGGAAAGCUUGAUAAAUUAUCCAUGGAAGCGAUAUCCGGGGGAAAGCAUCAAGAAUUCCUCAACAACCUAGAAGAAACAGGAAAUACAGUUUGUGGACGCCAUCCAAUUGGUGUCACCAUGGCAGCGAUUGAGAAGUUAAAGGAAGACAGGUUGCUGCAAAACGACAAGGGCAAAUUUAAAUUCGUUAGAUAUGAACGUAGUAACGAGGUAGUAAGGAUAGAUGAUGGAUCCGUAAGUUAUGCCAGUGCAUACGCUGUUCUUUAAACGCUUGGUUGCGUCUAGAUCUAGAUCUUUGUCUGUAUCUGAGUACAUCAGAUAACGAAUCUAAUAAUGAGCGACGAUUAUAAUGACAGGCUGAACUGGAUGAGAGGAUGGAUCGGCGUAUAAUAUUUAGGGAUUGGAUGAAUGAAUGAAUGGAUGGAUGGAUGGAGCAUUUAGGAAAUUUACAUACACGAUUUUACUAGAUACCUAGUACUAAAUAGAUUUUCCCAAAUCAAAAUCAAACUCAGAAGAACUCUAAUAAAAUCUAAUAAGAUAAUCUAUCU